AAAUGUCUGGCUUGGAAGCAUAACUCGUCCCGCCCUUUGGAUCCCUGCUCUGUUCUCUUCUGGCACCUUGGAACCCGGGGUGACUAUGCUGUGAUGAGCGCCCAGGGAGGGACAGAUCAUCUGAACCACCCAGGACUCCCUGCGACUUGGACAUGACUGAGCUUCUUCAGUGGGCCAGACAUCACUGGCAUCGGCUGAUGAAUGGGAGAACACAGGAUGAAGAUGAGAGGCCAUACAACUAUUCCUCCCUGCUUGUCUGUGGGGGCAAGUCCUCCCAGAUGUCCAAACCGGCAGGAAAGCACCGCGUUGUCAUACCUCAUCUCCCGCGCUUCAAAGAUGAGUAUGAAAGGUUCUCUGGAACCUACGUGAAUAACCGGAUACGGACAACCAAGUACACGCUUCUUAAUUUUGUGCCAAGAAACUUAUUUGAGCAGUUUCACAGGGCUGCCAAUUUAUACUUUCUGUUUCUCGUGGUCCUGAACUGGGUGCCUUUGGUAGAAGCCUUCCAAAAGGAAAUCACGAUGCUGCCGCUGGUGGUGGUGCUAACAAUUAUUGCAAUUAAAGAUGGCUUGGAAGACUACCGAAAAUACAAAAUUGACAAGCAGAUCAACAAUUUAAUAACCAAAGUUUAUAGUAGGAAAGAAAAAAAGUACAUUGACUGUUGCUGGAAAAAUGUCACUGUCGGGGACUUCAUUCGCCUCUCGUGUAACGAGAUCAUCCCUGCAGACAUGGUCUUACUCUUUUCCACAGACCCUGAUGGCAUCUGUCACAUAGAGACUUCUGGCCUUGAUGGAGAGAGCAAUUUAAAGCAGAGGCAGGUGGUGCGUGGGUAUGCAGAGCAGGACUCUGAAGUUGAUCCUGAGAUGUUUUCCAGUAGGAUAGAAUGUGAAAGUCCAAACAAUGACCUCAGCAGAUUCCGAGGUUUUCUGGAACACUCCAACAAAGAACGGGUGGGCCUCGGCAAAGAGAAUUUAUUGCUAAGGGGAUGCACCAUUCGAAACACAGAGGCUGUUGUGGGUAUCGUGGUCUAUGCAGGGCAUGAGACCAAAGCAAUGCUGAACAAUAGUGGGCCACGGUAUAAGCGCAGUAAAUUAGAGAGAAGAGCAAAUACAGAUGUCCUCUGGUGUGUCCUGCUUCUGGUCAUAAUGUGUUUAACUGGUGCACUUGGUCAUGGAAUAUGGCUAGGCAGGUAUGAAAACAUGCUCUUUUUUAACAUCCCUGAGGCGGAUGGACGUGUCAUAUCACCCGUGUUGACUGGAUUCUAUGUGUUCUGGACCAUGAUCAUCUUGCUUCAGGUCUUGAUUCCCAUUUCACUCUAUGUGUCCAUUGAAAUCGUGAAGCUUGGACAGAUCUAUUUUAUUCAAAGUGAUGUAGACUUCUACAAUGAAAAAAUGGAUUCUACCAUUCAGUGCCGAGCUUUGAACAUCACUGAAGAUCUUGGGCAGAUCCAAUACCUCUUUUCUGAUAAGACAGGAACCCUCACCGAGAAUAAGAUGGUUUUUCGGAGGUGUAGUGUAGCAGGAUUUGACUACUGCCAUGAAGAAAAUGCCAGGAGACUCGAGUCCUACCAGGAAGCUGUCUUUGAAGAGGACGAAUGCACAGAUGCUCUCAGCGGCUCUCUCAGCAACAUGACUAAACCCAGAACCCACAGCUGCAGGACAGUUCACAGGGGACCUCUGAGAAGCAAGUCCUCAACUCAUCUCUCUGGGAGCACUGCUGCCCUAGGAAGUAGAGAAGGAUCUGAGGAAGUGCCUCAUUCCAGACAAGCUGCGUUCAGCAGCCCGAUUGAAACAGAUGUGGUACCAGAUACCAUACUUUUGGACAAGUGUAGCCAGAUUACCCCUCAGCUCUUCACCCCACUGGAUGGGACCAUGCAGAGUCCACCCCCAGAGAUUUUGUACAUCGUGGAUUUCUUCAUUGCUCUGGCAAUCUGCAACACAGUGGUGGUUUCUGCUCCUAACCAGCCUCGGCAAAAGGUUGGGCUCUCCUCACUGAGUGGAAUGCCCAUCAAGUCCUUGGAAGAGAUUAAAAACAUCUUCCAGAAAUUGUCAGUCCGGAGAUCAAGUUCACCGUCUCUUGCCAGUGGGAAGGACCCGACUUCUGGGACUCCUUCUGCCUUUGUGAGCAGAAUCUCUUUCUUUAGUCGAACAAAACUGUCACCUCCUAUGGAGGAUGAGCCUUCCCAGAUGGGUGAAAGCCUCCAGGCCAGUAACUCAGCUUGCUGUACAGAAACUGAGGCACAAAACAGUGCCAUUGGACUCACCAUUGGUACAGCUGAUGCCCUAAAUGGACCACCUUCUUUGGCUUCCAACCUGUGCUAUGAAGCUGAGAGUCCGGAUGAAGCAGCCUUAGUGUACGCCGCCAGGGCUUACCACUGCACUCUACAGUCUCGGACCCCAGAGCAGGUCAUGGUGGACUUUGCUGCUUUGGGCUCAUUAACAUUUCAACUCUUACACAUCCUUCCCUUUGACUCAGUAAGAAAAAGAAUGUCUGUUGUGGUCCGGCAUCCUCUUUCCAAACAAGUCGUGGUGUAUACAAAGGGUGCUGAUUCUGUGAUCAUGGAGCUGCUGUCGGUGGCUUCCUCAGAUGGAACAAAUCUGGAAAAACAUCAGAUGAUAAUACGAGAGAAAACGCAGAGCCACCUGGAUGAAUAUGCCAAACGAGGGCUGCGCACUUUAUGUAUAGCUAAGAAGGUCAUGAGCGACACUGAAUAUACAGAGUGGUUGAGGAAUCACUUUUUAGCUGAGACAAGCAUUGACAACAGGGAAGAAUUGCUGGUUGAAUCUGCCAUGAGACUAGAGAACAAACUCACAUUACUUGGUGCUACUGGCAUUGAAGACCGUCUUCAGGAGGGAGUCCCCGAGUCUAUAGAAGCCCUUCACAAAGCUGGCAUGAAGAUCUGGAUGCUGACAGGGGACAAGCAGGAGACAGCUGUCAACAUAGCUUAUGCAUGCAAACUCCUGGAGCCAGAUGACAAGCUCUUCAUCCUCAAUACACAGAGCAAAGAUGCCUGUGAGAUGCUGAUGAGCUCGAUUUUGAAAGAACUGCAGAAGAGAACUCAAGCCUCUCCCAAGCCAGCAUCACUAAGAAAGGCCUCCUGUCAGCCUCCUGACCCCCAGGGCUCUGAACGUGCUGGGCUCGUCAUCACAGGAAAGACCCUGGAGUUUGCCCUGCAGGAGAGUCUGCAAAGGCAGUUCCUGGAGCUGACUGCAUGGUGCCAAGCUGUGGUCUGCUGCCGAGCCACACCCCUUCAAAAAAGUGAGGUGGUGAAAUUGGUUCGAAACCAUCUCCACGUGAUGACCCUGGCCAUUGGUGAUGGCGCUAAUGAUGUUAGCAUGAUACAAGUGGCCGACAUUGGGAUAGGUGUCUCAGGUCAAGAAGGCAUGCAGGCCGUGAUGGCCAGUGACUUUGCUAUCUCUCAGUUUAGACAUCUCAGCAAGCUCCUUCUUGUGCAUGGGCACUGGUGUUACACACGACUCUCCAACAUGAUUCUCUAUUUUUUCUACAAGAAUGUGGCCUACGUGAACCUCCUCUUCUGGUACCAGUUCUUCUGUGGGUUUUCAGGAACAUCUAUGACUGACUAUUGGGUUCUGAUCUUCUUCAACCUCCUCUUCACAUCUGUGCCCCCCAUCAUUUAUGGCGUGCUGGAGAAAGACGUAUCCGCGGAGACCCUCCUGCAGCUGCCUGAACUUUACCAGAGUGGUCAGCACUCAGAGGCAUACUCACCUCUCACCUUCUGGAUCACCUUGUUGGAUGCCUUUUAUCAAAGUCUGGUCUGCUUUUUUGUGCCUUACUUUACCUACCAAGACUCUGACAUCGACAUCUUUACAUUUGGGAAUCCCCUGAACACAGCAGCUCUGUUCAUCAUUCUCCUCCACCUGGUGAUAGAAAGCAAGAGUCUGACUUGGAUCCACAUGCUGGUCAUGGUUGGGAGCAUCUUGUCCUACUUUUUCUUUGCCUUGGCUUUUGGAGCUUUGUGUGUAACUUGCAACCCACCAUCCAACCCCUACUGGAUUAUGCAGAAGCACAUGCUGGACCCAGUGUUCUACUUAGUAUGUGUUCUUACAACCUGCAUAGCUCUUCUGCCCAGGUUUCUAUACCGAGUUCUUCAGGGAUCUGUGUUCCCAUCUCCAGUUCUGAGAGCCAUGUACUUGGACAGACUAGCUCCAGAGGAGAGGGCAGAAGCUCUCAAGAAGUGGAGAGGGACUACAAAGAUGACUCAAGUUGUAUCUAAGUGUGCCAGCCAACCAGCUGCUGUUUCAGGAACACCCAGGGCUGGCCCUUCCACUGCCCUUCCAAUGAAGUCAGCAACAGCCUGUGCUGUUGAGCAAGAAGACAUACCUACAUGUGAGACUAUGCUAGAUGCUGGCUACUCUGAAACAAGCAUCUCAAAGGUGACUGAGCCCUCAGCAUGUUAACAACACAGGAUACCCUGCUUAGAGUUGCCAGUGAUCUUUCACACUUGGAAGGAUUCAGAGGAAAUGUCUCUCAACAGUGAGGAUCACUUGUGUUUUUUACAAGGGAUAUCAGCAUUUUGCUGGGCCUGGAAAACCCAAUACCAUAUCUGCAGUUGUAUACCUGUGUGCACAUUUGUAAGCAAGGGCUAGUGUUUGACCUCAGCAGAGUGAGUGCUAGGAAGGGGAAUAUUUAAUUCAGGAUCAUAUGUUAUUUUAAUUGUCUUAUAAAUGCAAGCCUUCUCCAAGGAAUUCAUUUGAAAUAUACUUAUUUUAUAGGUAAGUCUCAUGCAUUUGGAGAAUGCUUUAAGUGAGAUCCAACACAAACUUUAAUUUAGGGGGGGAAAAAAG